GUGGUGUUUUUCACCAACCAGAUGGGGAUCGCUAAAGGCAAACUACGACCAGAAGUCUUCAAGUCUAAAGUUGAGGAUAUUCUCACCACGCUGAAGCUCCCUGUGCAGGUGUUUGUAGCAUCUGGUCCUGGUAUCUACAGGAAACCAGUGAUGGGAAUGUGGAACCACUUGUGUGAGAAGGCAAAUGAUGGCGUGACUGUAGACAAAACACAGUCUCUCUAUGUCGGAGAUGCUGCAGGUAGACCAGAGAACUGGGCUCCAGGGAGGAAGAAGAAGGAUUUCUCCUGCAGCGACAGACUG